AUGUUGAAGCAGUCGAAUGGUGAGCAGAGUGCUCUCAUGGCAUUACCUAAUGAGCUCCUACUCUAUGUUCUCCGACGAUACUUGGACCUGGGAGACUUGUGGCAGCUGCUACAAGUGUCGAGGGACAUACGCUUCUUUGCAAUGGACACGAUUCACACCCGAUGGAAGUUUGAGGUGACCCCUAGUGCAGAAACGACAAUGAAGGUUCAGUGUAGAGCAGCGCUGAUUGCACUGGAAUCUCUGUCGUGUCAGUUGUCACUUCAGACAAGAGUCUAUACACUACAAUACCCACACGGACCAGAAACGUCUUCCCAACGACUCUUGACAUCUCCUACGGCCCUAGAACCAUUCAUGCUCGGCACUGAUAGAAGCCCGCUUUCGGCUGAUCUGGAACCACUUCCAGCCCAACUACCGUACGACGAUGACGAGAAUGAAUUUCUAUUGACGACGAUCACAUAUGACAACAAGCUCUUUAGCGAUCUGAUGCAGCGAGAAGAGCGUCUACAUCAACGCAUCAUCCGUGGCAUUUCGUCGUACAAGCACAAGUACGUUCUUAUCGAAGACAUUGACAUCCGCAACCGCAUACGCAGCGCUGUGGAUGUAAUAUUUCAUCACGCGGUGUUUGUUGCGGCCCUUUCCCGCUCUCCUGUCCGAUUGGCGUGCACACACGCUUCUUCAAAUAACCGUGCCUUGGCAGCCAUGAUUGUCCGACUAUUGACUCGUUUGGAUGCAGCGUUUCCGUCCUACUGUCGCGAGAUAACUUAUACCCUAGCAGACAACAUCAAGGCGUUUCUGGAGUACACGGGGUAUAAGUUACUAGCCAUGAACCAGCAGCAUGACCCAUUAGUGCUCUACAAUAUGGUGUUCGGUGCAGCGUGUCGCCAGUCAAGUGUGUGUGAACACCCACGGCUGCCAUCCCUGGUCCGUCAGAACCGGCAGUCAUCACUCUUACACACCCUUCACAGCAUUUCGGCCUGCUUUGAUCUGAUGGGAGCUGCCUUUAUUGGAAAGAUUCUGAGUGAGAGUCAUGUAGAAUGUGCUGUCCAACGUACAUGUGAACUGUUAUCGGAUGACCAUCUCCGUUCCGUCAAACGUGCUUUACUAGUAGACCUCUUGGAGGGUUGGCUGACCAUCAAACGGGGGUUAGUAGCAGGUGAAUUGUGUAGACUUGUGCGGUUGGAGAUCGACAAGUGUGAUCGCCACGGGUAUGCUGCUCCCCGACGGCAACUUACUCGUCAUUAUGCUGCAUUAAUUGAAUAAGUUAAAAUAUUAUUUUUAUUCCUAUUUUAUCUCCUCCUCCUCCUCCUCCUCCUCUUAUUCUUCCUCUUCAUCCUUUUCUUCUUCUUCUUCUUUUUUUUUAUAUCUCAUUCAUCAAACUCUCCUCAACAUGUGCUUGCUUAAUAGCUUGCCGUCUCAUGCUUUUCUUUAUUCUCUAUUACAAUCAACAACACCAAUAAACAACAAGGACAAAAGUAAAGGAACAAA